UUCCUGGCUGCCCCAGAGGCCAAGGCUGGUGGGUGGGAGGAAAAAAGGAGGGGGGAGAAGAAGCAGCCCAGCCAGAUGCAAGCGAGACUGUUAACCCUUGGGUGCCUGUCGAGAUCCGUCUCUGAGGCAAAAUUGGGGCCCCAGGUGCAGGGGUGGCCUCCUUUGGUGGCUACACUCAUUCCACACUAAUGCUUGAAAUGGCUCUAAAAGACGGGCAGCCCUUGAGAGUAAGCAUUGUCCUCUCUUUGCUGCCCUCAAACAUCACUAUCUUGAAGUGCCUGUGGCAAGGAUGUCUUCCUGAGCGUCCCCUUCCCCACAGGCCCUUUCCUCCAUACUGCUUACAUCCGGGGCUCAGAGCCUCAGUGGCAGCCAGCCUGGAGCAGACGAACCUCCUGCAUGUCCCAGAUUCCUCUAGUGGGUCCUGAACCAGAAGUUCCUGAGGACCUGGGCAGUCAUUCCCACCCAGGGCUACCUCCUCAACCGCCCAGCAGAGCCCAAAGUUCCCCCCAUGACUGUCCUACCUCUUCCCAUGACUGACCUCCCUCUUCCACAUUCUCCCUCCUCCUGUCAGGCCAGGGCCCUCACCACAUCCCUGUGCUGAAGGGCAUUGGGCCAUCCUGCACCUCUUCCCUCCAGGCCUCACCCUCCCUCUCUCUGCAUCAACUUCUCCCCACCUUUUGAAGCCUUGCUGAGGUCCUUCCUCGCUGCAACUUCCCCGGUAGCUCGGCCAGGGCCUCUCCUCCUGGCUGAAAGCGGGCGAACAUUUGGGCUUUUAGUUACAUGUAAAUCAGGAUGUCAUUGUGCGCUGUUUUAUAUCCUUCCAAAAGGAUACCUGUAUCCUCCCUGUAUCCUUCCAACGCGCUAUUGAUUUGCAGUAUUUGUCUCAUCCAUCUGGAUUACCGAGGCAGAGCCCAGGGCCCAGGACGAUGUCAGCCCUCACCCCAUCCUGACAGCAUUGCCUUCAAUCUGGGGACAUCAGCUGCCAAGAGGCGACUUCCAGCUGGGGAAAGAAAGCCCAAGGGUUUUUCUCUACCUCUGACUGGAGAAGGGAAGACUUAGUGCCAAGGAGAGGGUGAAGGGGAGAGGAGGAAGGAAAGAGGAAGGAAGGGGCAUGUCAGGAGCCAGUCCCAUCUCUCGGGUAAGCAGCUACUGGGCCAGGUGGGUGCUGAGAGCGGAGAGAGAUCUCAGGAAACGUCCUUGACAUGUUAAGAGUUGGCUGGCUGGAUGCAGAGCCUAAUGAGGCUGACUGGCGGCAGAGUCUGAUGGGGUUCGGAGAGACAGGUGCCAGCCGCGGAUGGCCUAGAGCUGGUACUGCUGCCUGCCUCUGAUUAAUUGCUUGGGCUCCUUUAGACACACAUGCGCAGGGCUCCAAAGGUCUCUGGCAUAGGAUGGGCUCCCAGUGAAACUGCGUUUGGGUCCCUGGCUUUUCUAGUAGCAGAGCCAGACUUGUGUGGAAUCAGGUAGGAGGAAGGGCUGGGCGCAAGGAAAAUGUCUCUGGCUCGAAGUCUGGAAGCUGGUACAUGAACAUGAACUUAAGAGGAGAAGGCAGUUCACAAGAUGCCUGGCUCAGUGUUUGAUGUUGUAGGAAUAGAAUAAUGGUUAGAUGUAAGUCUUGCACUCGAGGAGUUUCCUGAGUAAAUGGAAUGUAGACUGGUAGGCAUACCUCCCAUGUCCUUAGUACAAGUUCAAUGUAUAGGAAGGCUUGGCCUGGGAGGGCCUCUUGGAGAUGACAUUUGUUGUUUGGAGGGAGAGUAAGGUUGUGCCAUGGCUGUUAGGCAAUCCUGAGAAAGCUGGAUUUGGGGAAUGCGGCAUCCUGGGGUGAGGGGCAGAGCCUGUAGCCUUAUAGGUAUGAAGGCAUGGAGUUCCUGGGGAGAAAUGACAUCCUCUCUAUCACAGACAUGGCUGGGCCCCCGACUGCUGCUGCUCUGUCUCCUGGUGACCAGGAGCAUCACCGAGGAGGAGUCGAACCACUGUAGCUACAUGAUCGGGGAUGGGCACCUGCAGCUCCUGCAGCAGCUGAUUGACAGUCAGAUGGAGACCUCGUGCCCAAUUGGCUUUGAUUUUGUAGACCAGGAACAGUUGAAAGACCCCGUUUGUUACCUUAAGAAGGCAUUUCUCCUGGUGCAAGACAUCAUGGAGGAUACCAUGCGCUUCAAAGACAACACCUCCAAUGCCAAUGCCAUCCUGAAGCUCCAGGAACUCUCUGUGAGUUUGAAGGUCUGCUUCCCCAAGGACAAUGAGGAGCCGGACAAGGCCUGUGUCCGACCUUUCAGUGAGACGCCCCUCCAGUUGCUGGAGAAGAUCAAGAAUGUCUUUAAUGAAACAAAGAAUCUCCUUAAAAAGGACCAGAACAUUUUCAGCAAGAACUGCAGCAACAGCUUUGCUAAAUGCUCCAGCCAAGAUGUGGUGACCAAGCCUGAUUGCAACUGCCUGUACCCCAAAGCCACCCCUAGCAGUGACCUGGCCUCUGUCUCCCCUCAGCAGCCCCUUGCCCCCUCCAUGGCCCCUAUGGCUGGCUUGACCUGGGCCGACUCUAAGGGGACAGAGGACAGCUCCCUCUUGCCCAGUGAGCAGCCCCUUCGUGCAGUGGACCUGAGCAGUGCCAAGCAGCGACCACCCAGGAGCACCUGCCAGAGCUUUGAGACACCAGAGACCCCAGGCGUCGAGGGCAGCCCCACUGGAAGCUCACCGGAGCCCCUCUCCUCUGUCGAGGCUCCCGUCUCUGGGAUGGAAGACCUGCUUGAUUCUGUGUUGGGCACUAACUGGGGCCUAGAAGAGGCCUCCGGAGAGGCCAGUGAGGGUUCUGUACCUCGAGGGGCAGAGCUUUCCUCCUCCAGGCUGGGAGGAGGCAGUGUCCAGGCGGAGGCCACCAGACCCCGCGACCCGUUCUCAGCAACGUCUCUGCUCUCCACAUCGGCAGAGGAGCCCCAGUCAGUGGAUGUGACUGGCAGCCCCCUGCCCAAGGUGGGCCCUGGGAGACCCACUGGCCAGGCUCAGAGACACGCAUUUGAGAAGACAGGCCGUCUAUCUGCUCUGCCUAGAGACCACCAGGAGCCAGGCUCUGCCAAGACCCCAUCACUGCGCCCGCAAAGUCUCGGCGGCCCCUCCACCCUCUCUGCUGGACCAAGCCUUCCCAGCAGCCACUCCUGGGGCAACGUGCUGCCCCUCGGAGAGCCAGAGGGCAAGAGGAGCACCAGGGACCGGAGGAGCCCCGCAGAGCUGGAAGGAGGUCCAGCAAGCGAGGGGGCGGCCAAGCCCCCUGCUGAUUUUAACUCCGUUCCUUUGACUGAUGCAGGCCAUGAGCAGCCGCCCCCCGAACCCCAGCGCCACGGGUUUGCCUUUCGCUUGCUGAUACCCAGCGGCGUCAUCCUGGUCCUGCUGGCCAUGGGCGGCCUCCUGUUCUACAGGUGUAGGCGGCGGAGCCGUCAAGAGAUUCAGACAGUGGAUUCUCCCAUGGAGCAACCAGAGGGCAGCCCCCUGACCCAGGAUGAGGACAGACAGGUGGAACUGCCAGUGUAGAGGGAAUUCUAAGCUGGGUGCACAGGACAGUCUCUCCGUGGCAGGAGACAUUAUGGAGGCAUCCACCCCCCUCUCCCCCAGCCAUUCUCCUGGGAAUAUGGCCUGGCCACCAUGAGAGCUCCUGCCUCCCAGGACUAGACCAGAGCAGCCAGGCUGGGGUCCCUCCACCCUUGACGCUCAGACUGUGGACUAAGAGAGGACCGGAGGAUGCCCCCCACGCUGCUGAUAUUUAUCGUGGGCCCUGGAGGCCCCCGUCCACUUAAGGGAUACUGGCAAACCCGGCCGAGGACCCUCUGCGAGGGGCUGUUUUCUUCUCCUACCACCCCCCUAACCCAACACCUGGGCCAGGGACCCAGAGGCCCAUGGAUGUGGGAGAACAGGGUGAACAGAAGAGCCCUUGUGCCCAGAGGACCCGCCUGGUGCCAGUGGAUCCUGACAACAACGAGCAGGGACUUGUCUCCUGAGAGAAGUAUGAGGCUUGCAGGGCGGGACGGCGUCGGCUGGAUUUCCCGGAAAGGCGCAGCCCAAAAGACAGGAGAAGAAGGCCUGCUGGUCUGCACCGACAGCCCGGAGCUGGUCUACACCCGAAGUGCCCUCUGAUGGCUGCCAGGCGGUGGGAGAGGCCAGCCCUGCCCUCAGGACCUGCCUGGCUUGGCUUGCAAUGCCAAUGGGAAGACCAGGGCUGGCCUCGGCCCUGCCGUCCCUCCGGCCCUGCUAGAGCUUCUCUGGGAGGCCGCACAGAGGCUUCCGUCAUGAAGGAAGCCAUUGCACUGUGAAUACUGAACCUGCCUGCUGUACAGCCUGCCCGUCUAUGCCCGUGAGCGAACAUACGUCCGUCCUACCACCCCUCCAGCCUGUCCCCAGCUUCCUGCACUGAGUGCCCGAGCUGGCCUCGCCUGUCGACUGAGGGAGCCCCUGAGCCCUGACCUUCUGUUGACCCAGCUUUUGACUCCUGGGAUGGAUCAGGGUGGGAGAACUGCCUGAGCUGCCAGCCAGAGCUGGUCUUUAGGCUGCAUCGUUGGCUCAGGUUUCUGCAUUUUGCACUUUGACAUUGCCAAGAGGGAAGUGACUAGCGGGAGGGAGAAAUGGAGGGGAAAGCAGAGACAGACAGACAUAGGGAGAGGUGGCAGGUGAGCUGACUGAAAAUGGGUCUUUGAAAUUAUGGGUAUGCCCGAGGUUGUGGAGGCAUCUGCACUUCUUACCCCGCAGCCUAGUCUCUUUCCUUGCAGCGGACCCCUGUCCCAGCCGCAGCUGCAAGGUCACUGCCAGCAGGCACCUGGGGCUGAGCGGGUCGUCCCUGUUAGGAGCCCAGUAGGUAGUGAUACGGUCUCACCCCCACGCACCCACUACCACCAUCUCUCUGACCAGGCAAGCAGGGCAGGUGAGGAACCAGGAAGGCCUAGGCAUCUGCUUCCACGUUUGCCUUGAGGACCACCGCUUCCUGGGCCAGCCCGUGGCCGGGGCUCUAGAGCUGAGCAGCAGAUGACAGGGCUGUCAAUUGCCCCUGGCCCCUUUGUGCUGCUGUGCCUCUUCUACCGCUCUGGGCCCUCCACUAGCUGCUGGGCUGGGGCCCAUGACCUUUGCUUCCUGCCCUUGAAAGUGAGGGUCCGCUGGCCCUGCCUCCCCUGCCUACUGCUGACAACAAAAGGAAGGACAGCAGUGGACUCCCCCGUGGGGCUCUUUUUUCUAGUCACAGACUCUAUAUUUGAUGCUAGAAAAUAUGUAUUUAAAAGUGGAAGAAAAAAACAUGCAGAAAAAAAGCAUUUUUUUCUCCACGCCCACCUCUUAAACGUAUAGUAUUUUAAAAGUCAGGAAAGCAAAGAGCUUCUGCAAUGGGUUGGAUUUGCUUUCUUGACACAGGAGUGGGAGGGGCCCAGAGCCACCUCUGGGUGGCUCCCCUGGCCACAUUCACAAGAACCCCUUCUUUUUCUCUGAGAAAGCCGAGAGGGAACAUUGGCUCACACACUGUGAGAUUUUGUUUUUAUACUUGGAAGUGGUGAAUUAUUUUAUAUGAAGUCAUUUAAAUAUCUAUUUAAAAAAUAGGAAGCUGCUUAUAUAUUUAAUAAUAAAAGAAGUGCACAAGCUGCCAUGUGUGA